UGGGAGUGAGAAUCGGCUCGGCUGGGAGGCGGGAACUAGGAAGUGAAAGUAAGAAAGAAGCAAAGCAGAGCUCGGGCAAGACUGGUCAGCGGUGCAGUGAGUGGGGAGCUGUCAUCAGGGAAUGUCUCUCUCAACAAGAUUGCUGCCUGUUUUUCUCUGGACUCUCAUAUCGGUGUGGAAGUUCAGCACUGGACUGGUUGGCAGACUUGGAGGAGCAGUAGAUAUGCCCUGUUUGUACAAACCAUUAUCUUACGAUCUUGAAAAACUCCUGGUUUACUGGCAGAAGGGCAACCCUAACUCUUCAGAUUUAAUGGUCAUUCAGCUUCAUAAUGGCCAGAUAACAGACACUUACCAGAAUUACCAAGGACGAGUUUAUAUGGAUCCGACUAUGAUGCUGGAAGGUAACUUUACACUCCACCUGAAGGAUCUGUCCUUGAACGACAGUGGGAACUAUAAGUGUAUCAUCAUGUUGAACACCCCAGUCAUACAAAUGUUAAAUCAGAUCUACACAGAACUGGAGGUAGCAGCUCCAUUCAGCAUACCAGUGGUUACACACCCUGUGGAAGGGCAGCUGAAAUAUGGUCAGGAGGUGACGCUGACGUGCACAUCAUACGGUGGGAAACACCAGCCCAUGAUCAUAUGGCUAAACUCCAGUGAAGGCUCUGAGCUGAUUGUGGAUCAAAAACUCAAUUCCAUGGAGCUUUCCAGUGGCACACUUAAUGUCACCAGCACUGUCACACUCAACAUCACUGCCCCUCUCAAUGUUACGUGCAUAAUACGAACUCCAGAGGAGAAUGUUACCUCCCAGCAAUGCAAGUUAUUUGUCCUGAUUUUAUGUAAAGAGUGGAAUUAUGGAGAAAUGAGAUGAGGAGAUAUAAGAGGGUUUAAUGAGGGAUCUCAAACUCUGGCCCAUGCAGAUG